UCAUAAAUUCUCACAACGAUCGGACCAAAGAAUCAUACCCAUCUCUUUUGACCAUUCAAACUAGUGAAAAAUGGGGGUACUCAGAAAGAAACACAAAAAAAAAUCCAGAAGGCCGUCGUUUAAGAGUGUUUUAACCUCAAUAUUAGCUACACAAGCCGCAAUAUUCCUCUUAUUGCUCGCCGGUGUUUCCCUCGCUGGCACAGCCGUCGCAUUUAUCGCUAGCAUGCCACUAUUCGUAGUAUUCAGUCCGAUUCUCGUACCAGCGGGUGUUGCCACUGGUUUACUGGCCACGGGUUUAGCAGCCGCCGGUAGCUCCGGUGCAAUGGCUGUCUCCCUCAUCCUUUGGGUCUUCAAGCGAGUAACGGGGAAGGAGCCGCCAAAAAUCAUGUCAAAAGUCUUGAAAAAGGUGUUUCCUGGUGGAGGUGCUGCAGCUAAACUGGCAGCAAAACCAGAAGCCGAACCAGCGGCCGCACCAGCGGCAGCACCAUCAGCCGCACCAGCAGCUGCACCGAGUACAUGAAAGCGGUGGGUAAUAAGCAAAGGAUGAUAGAUAAAUAAUCCAACUUUAAAAAAUAAAUAAUAAUAUUACGUGGCGAUGGAAGUUAAAUUUUCAAAUAUCACUAUACUAAUGGAUAUCGUGGAACAAAAUAGUAACAAAUGUAAGCAUUUUUAUUGUAUAACAUUUUAAGAACGAAGCGAAGUGUCGUUGACGUUAAUUUUAUUCAAGUUCAACUAAAAUGUUAUUCAAGUUCUUGUUCA